AGCGAGGCCUGGAGCGCACCCCUAGGGUCCCUAAAGCCCGGCUUAGGAGAGGAGGGUAUUUACCCGACAAGCACAGACACGCCUUCUUAUGUUUUGGCCCACACAGGUUUGGGGGAGGAUGACCUAGUUGCUAGCAUUAAGACUGGAAAAAACCAAAACACGUAACUUUAAAAGGAAAAAAAAAAGGCUUCACAACGUGUGUAGAAAAGUCACCUUGUGGUGCUGGACCCCGAAUCCUGUGUGAUGUCAACCACCCAGAGCUAUCCAUUUCAGCACUGGAGAUAGAACCCCAGGCAUCAUAUGUAUAAGGCUGCUGUGACAACUCGGUGGCCCCACCAUGUCCAGGCCCCAGACCCAAGAGCAGGCGGUGGAUUCUGAGGAAGACUCAUCUCUGCACAGGAGAGACGAGGAAGGGACUCAGAGCUCCCACCGCAUGCUAGGCUUCAGUGAUGCACUGCUGUCCAUCAUCGCCACUGUCAUGAUCCUGCCUGUGACUCACACAGAGAUCUCACCAGAACAGUUUGACAAAAGUAUACAGAAACUUCUAGCAACUAGGAUUGCUGUCUACCUCAUGACAUUUCUAAUCGUAACUGUGGCCUGGGCAGCACAUACCAGAUUGUUCCAGGUUGUUGGGAAAAUAGACGAUACACUUGCCUUGCUCAACCUGGCCUGUAUGAUGACCAUCACUCUUCUGCCCUACACAUUUUCUCUAAUGGUGAUGUUCCCUGAUGUGCCCCUGGGCAUCUUCCUGUUCUGCACGUGUGUGAUUGCCAUUGGAUCUGUGCAGGCCAUGAUUGUGGGGUAUGCCUUCCACUUCCCACAUCUGUUGAAUCCACAGAUCCAGCAUUCUGCACACAGGGCUCUGUCCCGGCGACACAUCCUGCACGUAGUCCUCCGUGGCCCAGCACUGUGUUUUGUUGCAGCUGUCUUUUCCCUCUUUUUCUUCCCCUUGUCAUAUGUGCUGAUGGUGACCGUCAUCUUCCUCCCUCACAUCAGCAAGGUUACCGCCUGGUGCAAAGGCAAGUUUUGGGGCCACAGGGAGUCUCCAGUUCACAGUGUGGAGCCCUUCAGUAUCGACCUGCAUGCGCCUCUCAGCAAAGAGCGGGUGGAAGCGUUCAGCGACGGUGUCUAUGCCAUCGUGGCCACACUUCUCAUCCUGGACAUCUGUGAGGACAACGUUCCGGAUCCCAAGGAUGUGCAAGAGAAAUUCAGUGGUAGCCUUGUGGCUGCCCUGGGCGCAUACGGGCCACAAUUCCUGGCGUACUUCGGCUCCUUCGCCACAGUGGGUCUGCUCUGGUUUGCCCACCAUUCACUCUUCCUGCAUGUCCGGAAGGCUACACAGACCAUGGGGUUACUGAACAUACUGUCCCUGGCCUUUGUGGGUGGCCUCCCUCUGGCCUACCAGCAGACCUCAGCUUUUGCCCGGCAGCCCCAUGAUGAACUGGAGCGUGUGCGUGUCAGCUGUGCCAUCAUCUUCUUUGCCAGCAUCUUCCAGUUUGCGAUCUGGACUGCAGCCCUGCUGCAUCAGACGGAGACGCUCCAGCCAGCUGUGCGAUUUGGUGGGCAGGAGCACGCGUUCAUGUUUGCCAAGCUUGCACUGUACCCCUGUGCCAGCCUGUUGGCCUUUGCGGCCACCUGCCUACUGAGCCGCUUCAGCACAGCCAUCUUCCACCUCAUGCAGAUUGCAGUGCCCUUUGCCUUCCUGCUUCUGCGUCUCCUUGUGCGUCUUGUCCUGGCAGGCCUUCAACUCCUAUGGGACUUGUGGCCAGAGCGCCCCCAACCAGGCCAGGAUGAACCUGAGGCACAGUCCCAGCUCUUGCCUUCCUCUUGCUAAUGCCAAGAAAACCACACCUGCCCAUCCUAGGCAUACUGUAAGGGUCCUAUGGAGAUGUCUCAAUAGAAGUUUUUGUGACACUGGGGCUGUGGAUUUAUUAGCCUGGGUAUUGUUUAAAUUGUGAAAUAUCAAGAUCUAUUUCAAGAGUGAAUAUUGUUUACAUUUUGCAGUGAGGGGUUUCAUGGGAACUCAAUUUAUUGCUUUUAUUUGUUUACUUUCCUUUUUACCUCCCUGCCCCCAACACUGUCAGGGUUAUUUACCUGUCUGACUAACCUGAACAAGCCACUUAGGGCUGUCACUGAGGUCUUCUUUGAGCAGCAGUCCCUCCGUACUCCUUGCUCUGACAUGCAUGUGGCCACAUAGGCCACCCUUCUUCUCAGAACCUUCAGGCAGUUGAGUCUGGGCUAAGUCAGGCUGAGAAGCUGCUGUCUGGCUCACAUCCUCACAAGGACAGAGCUUCCCUGGUAGGGGUGCCAGUCCUGCCCGUUCCCAUGCCAGUUGUCAGACAAAGAGAAGAGGCAGCUACACGACAGCAAAGUCCACACUGUAUUUGGCCCAGAUAUAAAUUAGAUCACAUUCAGGUAGUGAUAAAUUACACACACAGUUAGGACCAGUGCACAGGACAUACUCCACAGAAGGACAGGCUCACUUAAAUACAGAGGACAUGCUACACUGACCGUAAUUUACAAACAAUUCCUACAGGUUGAAAUAAAAGUGAAAAACAUCACAACGAAUUUCUUUUGAACAUUGAAGAUGAUGUAAACAUGAGCAUCUACACUGAGAUCACAGAUGGACGUCAGAUGCACUUGUAUGCAGUUUUGGCAGAAGCAGGUGAAGGGUGCCACAAUGGUCCUAGGAAGCUGCCACACUUGGGAGGGUGGCCACAAACCCAGUGGUAACAAGCAGGAGGAGGAUCUACCUAGACCUGUUUACUUUUUUGGAGAUAAGCAUCACAGGAGACUUCUCACAUAGGUCCUUCCCCUCCAGGGCUGGGGC